CGUUUUUCGACCCCGCCAUCAGAGUCCUGCCUCGACGUUCUUCGACCCCGCUAUCCGAGUCCUGCCCUCGCCAUCCCUCCAGCGGUUCCUGCUGCCGCCACCUGCCGACGCGCCCGCACGCCGCAUAAUUUUAGGCUUCGCCGCCACCUGCCGAGACAAUCGCCCGCCGGAUAAUUAGAGAACAGGUUUGGAGGAUGGAUGGUCAUACUGCUAGCUUGGAGGAGAUAGAAGAAUAUCACAUGAUGGUUAGUCAGAUGUUUGCAAGCGAGAAGCAAGGUUACGAGCACUACAACAGAUAUGCAAGAGCAAAAGGUUUUAGUGUCAGAUUGGAUGACAAGGAGUACGUGAAGGGCACCAGAGAGGUGAAAGCAAGACGUUUCUGCUGCUCUAAAGAAGGGCACCGAUUGGAGAAGUACUUUCAAGCGACUGACCAAAAAAGGGAGCCACGGGCGCUGACCCGUUGUGGUUGCAAAGCUAUGCUUGAGAUCCAACAUGAUGCAGGCAGGGGUCAGUGGUUUGUUAAGAAGUUUGUUGAUGUCCAUAACCACCCGCUAGCCGACCCAGACCAAUCUGCUUUUCUACGGUCUCACCAUCGGAUGAACGAUGCUCACAAGGCUGAUGCAGUGGAAUACGGACUUGGUGGUCUCCGUACAUUCCAAAUCAUGAAUGUGGCGGAGAAACAGCAUGGUGGCUAUCCUCAUGUUGGGUAUAUUUCCCGAGACCUGUACAAUUUCUUCGCCAGGUACAAGAAAAAAAGAAUCUUAGGCAGGGAUGCUGACUUUGUGCUGAACCAUAUGAGAGUACAGGAAGAACGAGAUGCUGAGUUUUUCUUCAAAUACACCACGGAUGAUGAAGGACAUCUUCGAAAUUUAUUCUGGGCAGAUUCACAGUCUCAGAUUGAUUAUGAUGCAUUCGGAGAUGUAGUUGUGUUUGACAGCACUUAUCGAGUCAACCGCUACAAUCUCCCUUUUGUUGCAUUUGUUGGACUGAACCAUCAUCGUAGUACUGUUGUUUUCGGGAUUGGUGUUGUUUCAGAUGAGACCCACAAGUCAUACGAGUGGCUACUUCAGACCUUUGUAGAGGCGAUGGGUCAUAAGGAGCCCAUAUCUGUUAUCACAGAUGGAGACUCGGCAAUGAGAAAAGCAAUUAGGAAGAUUUUGCCAAGGACAGACCAUCGGCUAUGCAGUUGGCACAUUGAGCAGAACAUGAUACGGCACCUGCAUAAUCCAAUGCUUGAUGACUUCAGAAAACUCAUAUACUGUCGAAUGGGAGUUUACCAGUUUGAGAAAUCAUGGGCUGAGUUCAAGGCGAACUAUGAGAUCGAAGAGGAGAACGAAUGGAUGUCCAGAAUGUACAAACUUAGGAAAAAGUGGGCCGCAGCUUAUACCAAGGGAAGAUAUUUCUUGGGUAUGCAGAGCAACCAGCGUAGUGAGAGUCUGAACUCUAGGCUCCACAAUCAUCUGGACCGGAAAAUGUCGUUGGUUGAUGUGGUGGAGCACACUGAGCACUGCAUAUCACGUAUGCGGAGGAACGAGGCCGAGUUGGAUGCAAUAUGUUCGCACUCAGUUCCUUUCACUAGAAUAGAUGCUUGCCUGUUGGAGAUAAAUGCUGCUCGUAUUUAUACACCAAAAUUUUUCAAGAUGGUAAGAGAUUGUAUCCGGAGAUCAUGUGCAUUGGUGAUUCAAGAGCAAACAACAGUAAAUGACUUGGUCAGGUAUGAAGUUGUGUUAAAAGAUGGAGCGGAAGGAGGGAGCAGACGUCUGUUCUCUGUAGAGUGUUCUUUCAAUGGCUCGUUGACGAAUGGUGCCUUCUGUCCUUGCCGUAAGAUGGAGUGCGAAGCCAUCCCUUGCGCGCACAUUUUCGCUGUUCUGGUUUUCGUACGGGCAGCGACCAUUCCUCCAUGUUGUGUUAGCAAAAGGUGGACAAUGGAAGCCAAGGCUGCAUUCGUGUCAGUGAGAAAUGCAAAUACACAUGUGUGGUCAGAAGAGAUGAGUCGUUACCGUGAACUGAGAAACAUAGCUAGUAUUGCUCUAUUCAAAGUAUCAAAAAGCGGGGAGCGUUCGCCGGAGGUGAAAGAUUAUCUCCAAAGUAUCAUCGAUGGGCCUAUCGAGAAUGAUGAUAACACCGAGGAGACAACAUUUGGUCCUAUACCCUCUCACUACUCUGCCGCAAGCAAUGCUUCAGCGGAUAGAGUCCUUGAUCCAAAAAUAGUCGACACAAAAGGUGCUCCAUGCAAGAAGAGAAUGAAGCUAUUUAUGACCUUCUUUGGAUUGUUUGCGAUGAUAAUCAGAGGAAAAAGGUUGCAGAAUCUAGUCUGCAGGGCUUACUACAUCUACGUGAUAUUCAAAUUCGUCGCCAAACAGUAA